CUAUGACCAGUUUCUAAUGCAAGUUGUCUUCGCUCCCAGUCGAUUCAAGCGGACAAACUUCAAGUAUCAGGAUAAUUACUCUCGAACAUGCGUACACUCAUACUCAAACAGGACCAUUCCGUAGCCUUUUCGGACAGGUAUACCGUGUUGGCCUGUGGCUCCGCCCGCUCGCUAAUGCCUCAUGUAAUGCACUCACUCUUUAUUCGCUACUACCAUAGACAUGGAUUUUUCCAAUGAACCUCCUCACUCAAAAGCUCUUAUCGUUCAAUCUCAGGCACCCUUCAACGCAGAACCACCUGUUUCAGCUCUUGUCGAAUUUCAAGUGACCCCUGAAGACAUCGUUUAUUGCCGCAACCAUGGUCCUGUGCGAGAAUUCGUGGAGGACGAAUAUGCCAUCACCUUCAACGGCGCUGUAGAGAAAGAAACCAAGUUCUCCGUCCCUGAUCUGAAGAAAUUCCCGAAAGCGACUGUGACGGCAGUCCUUCAGGUACGUCGCUUGCUCUCAAAGCAAUCCCUUGCGCGAGACAGUGAUCCGUCUUGCAGUGUGCUGGAAACAGAAGGCAGGAAAUGGGUGCCAUCAAGCCGGUACAUGGUGUAAACUGGCUAGACGGCGUCCUGGCCAAUUGCACUUGGGGCGGUGUACGCUUGCGCGACGUAUUGGAACACAUUGGAGUUCAAACCAACUCUAAUAAUCCGAUGCACGUUUGCUUCGCUUCCUAUGCCACGCCCUGCCAGGAUGACACCUAUUAUGGUGCUUCAGUGCCGCUCGAAAAGGCUAUGAGUUUGGAAGAUGAUGUGUUACUGGCAUAUGAGAUGAAUGACGAACCUUUGUCUGCAGAACACGGUGGCCCGGUUCGAGUCAUCGUGCCAGGCUAUCUUGGUGCCAGAUGGGUGAAAUGGCUAGACAAUGUCAAUGUUUCCACACAAGAAUCUCCCAAUUUCUACCAGCAGCGAGACUACCGGAUAUUGCCACCCCACGUGGAGACCAAAGAGCAGGCCAAAGAUUAUUGGCCAAAGUGCCCUUCUAUGGCGGCCUUACCGCUGAAUUCUGUUGUUGCGACGGUUUAUCGACUCUCUCCAUCCACGCUAUUUGUGAAAGGGUAUGCCGUCCCGGGUGACGCGGGCAACGUCGAGACCGUGGAAGUAACCGCGGAUCAAGGGGCGACCUGGGUUCCCGCUCAAAUCACGUAUCAAGAAGGGAAAUGGAGCUGGACACUCUGGGAAGCUGAGGUCGAGAGCCCGGCAGAGACAGGUCGAGUCUUUUGUCGGGCCACUGACAGUUCUGGUAACGUGCAAAAGCGGGAAGGUGAAUGGAACAUGAGAGGAGUUGCUUAUAGUGCCUGGAGCUCGCGAACAUGGUAGUUUCU